AUGCCAUGUUUUCAGAUGUCUUCAACAGAUGUUUCCUGUUUCCUGUUUCAGGCGAUAGGCCCCGCCCUCCUGUCCUGCGUUGACCCGUCAGACAGACUCUCCUUCAUGGAGCCGAACUUCUCGCAGCAUUACCCAGCAUUCCAGAGCCCGGAGCCCUACUACAACCCCCACAAUGCACUAGGAGAGGCCCCGCCCACUCUGCAGAAACCAGCUAAUCCAAGGCUCUACAUGGGCCGGCCCAGCUACGACUUCCAGGGGUACCUGACCUCGCCUUCGUACCCCAUGACAUCGGAACUCUGUGACCCCCGGGUGGCUCCGGUCCUGGGGUCCUCGUCUUCCUCUGGGUCUUCCUCGGCCCCGCUCCCCUCGUCGUGCGGGACCUUCGACCCUCAGACCAAGUCCCCGGCGGGCUGGAAGGACCUUCUGAAGACCUCCGCUCCCCCGCCCCCUCUGCUGAGCUCUGCCCCCUAUGCCGACAACCACCACUACUACAGCGCCGAGUACCCCUGCCGUUACCCCGGCAACGCCCCGGGGUCCCCCGCAGCGCUGCAGACCAUCAUCACCACGACAACCAAGGUAGAAACACUCACACAGACAGACAG